AUGGAUCGCGAGCAGCAGGAGGCAGUGCGGCAGAUGAUAGCGUGGGUGAUCCAGGGAGUCAUGAGGGCUGCCGGGGAUGUGGCGGCCGCUGGCGAUUCUAGGGUUUACGAGCGCCUUGCGGAUCGAGGUGUGUUUGAUGGGGAGGAGGCCGUGCGCGCCAUGAUCGCGGCGGUGUUCCAGCGCGUUGCGCAUAGCGACAGCGUCGCGGUGGAUGUCGAUACUGGUGCCGUGCAUUUCUUUGUUGCGAAUGGGCCGCAGAAAUCGGCCAUGGAGGGAUUGGUUCAUUCCAUGUUGUCGGGGAUUUUGGAGAGGAUAGUGGCUGCCAGUGAGGUCCAAGUGAUGGGAUCCAGAAUUUUGGGAGAGAUGGAGGGCGAUAGAAGGGAUUUGGCGGAGAUCUUGCGAGCAGUAGAGGCUGGCGGUGAAGUUCAUAGCAUGGUUUCGAAAGUUUUUGAGGAAGUGGUGGCAGGAAACGAAGAUGCUAAUCACGAUCACGAUCACUUGGAACAUGAGGUUCUUACUUCUAGUUUCGAUAAGUUGGCUCUAGAGGGGUGCGACGAGGAGCUUGCAGCAGCCACAGCGCCUUUGGUACACUACAUGGUAUCCAAUAUUGUCAGGAAAGUUAUAGAGGCUAGAGAUGAGCGGGGUCACGCUGGAGAGGAAGAAAGAUACAGGAAGGAAUCAAGCGACGUCCAAGCUAUUGUUCGUCUUUGUCGGGAGAAAAGUGUGAGACUGGCAAAAGAAGUGCCGCCUUUCUUCGACGCUAUGGCUUAUUUUCAACUUCGAGCGGGCUCUUUGCUUAAUCCAGAGAUGUCCAGCCCUGGAGUUGCGGAAGACUCUUCAAAAGAUUUUCUUGACGGCUGUGUUCAGAGGCUUUUACGAGAGGAUUGUCCUGCUCAAGAGACAAUUAGACUUCAGCGAUCAGAUUUCUGCACAAGCCGCCAUGGAUCUGGAGUUGAAGGGAUCGAAAAUGGAUGCUGACCAGAGGAAGGCAGUGCUCAAGGACAUGGCGAAAUGCGUCGCGGAAGUUCAGAUAAACGACUUGCAAAGAACAUUCCAGAUCGUGGAGGAUU